AAAUGGUGUCCUUGUGCUCUGGAAUAUGACUGAGGCCGAACAUCGGAUGUUUAUAUCACAUGCCAAACUGGCUGCUCGCGACGUUCUUCCAGAUUCGUUGGUCGAACGAGAAGUGCUUCGCUACCGUUUCACAGAUGGACAAACUCGUUUGGUAGGCGAAGACAUCUUCUUACAGACGCAACAACUUCACAGCUCCACAGAACCAAUCCAUUUGGUGAAACCCGAAGAAUCGGUAACAACUUCAAGCUCUUCCGGUACCACCCUGGAAUCGCUCACUCUGUCACACGCCAGGAAUCAUCUCGCGGACACUGAACGUCCUCACCCAGUGCCCAUCAACGACCCUGUGCGGAUGCAACAGUUCGCAUUCUCAGAUGCACUUUCACUGUCAGUCAAAUUAUCCCUUCUAGAGAGUAGCUUUGAUUCUGUGGCUGUUCAAAUGGAACCGUGGAUUGAGAGACUGAAAAACGGCCGUUGGAUAAAUUUGCCGCAAUCUGCGGUGCUAAGGAGGACGGGCGAGAUUUUCACUCUAAAACACCUUUUGAAUAUUAGCACUUCCAUGCUGGAUACGCCGGAUUUGUAUUGGGAACGUCCUGAGGCCGAAGCGCUCUAUACACAGUUAAGGUCGGCGCUCAAUGUGAAUCCGCGAAUCAGAAUCCUCAAUUCUCGCCUGAACAUGUGUUGCGAGUUGACAGAGAUUUUAUCCAGCCUCCUGCAAUCCAGACACGGGGCUCGUUUAGAAUGGAUGAUCAUUCUGCUUAUUUGUGUCGAGAUCUGCUUCGAGGCAUAUUACUACUACGAACGUCGUCUGGAUCGGCUUACCUCCGCUUUCGAAGUGAACACGCACUGAUCUCUACAUCGCAUUUUCGCUCUCUUUUGUACUAUGGCACUAUUGAAUAGAUCCACUGAUUUCCCAGACUCAUCUUCAAUUUUUGUCCCAGCACACGCGGUUUUAUCCCUGAGGCCGUCUCGAAUGAUGCAUUGGAAGGCCAAAUUGUCAC